UUAACUGGAUCCCGCCACAGACUGUUAAAAAGACACUAACGCGGAAUGAACUGCAACGACACUUGUAGACUGGUCGUCUGACGGCGGAAAAUAAAGCAGCACAUAUCCGGAUCAUUAGAGCGCGCAAAAAAACAGUAACAAAAACCACCCAAAGGGUGUUCUGAUUUGUCUUCUGGAGGGGCACCUGAAGGCUCCAUAAAAUGACCCAGUCUGUGCACAUAGCUUCCAAACUGCCAAAUCUUAGUGCCCCUUUUCAUUGCUCUACUGAGGAAGAAACAGAUCAAGGUAGCUCCUAUUCUGUACAGACACCCUAUGGAUUCCACCUGGACCUUGAUUUUCUCAAGUAUGUUAAAGAAAUAGAGAGUGGGCACAGCAUCCGUAGGCCUAAUGUUAACACUCGUAAAGGAUCAAGAGGCGACCGUGCCUACCAGAGAAAUCUGGUUAUUGGGGGUAGGACCAGUGGCUGGACCUCCACUGAGUCACUUUCAUCAACAACAAGUGAGAAUGGCCAAGCUAACCCACCUUUUCUCCAGAGCCCCAUCACAUCACCCAGCAAAUCACAACCACUUUCUCCAUCACCAAUGAUAAGUCCAAGUCUACCUGCUUCCUCGAAAGUGCCACCACCACCUCCACCGCGUAACCCCAGGGUAGAGCGAACUCUCCUUGAAACAAGCAUUCGAUUGCAACAGGAGCAAAGUCAGUUUUCCAAUGGAUUAGGCUCCAAUUUUCUUGACCUUUCCAAAGUGAGUUCCAAAGCUGGCGGAUCUAGUAGUGACUUCUCCAUAGCUUCUUCCCAGCUUUCUCUAGAUGGACGCAUGCUACAGAUUUCACCUGCUGUGCAGAACCCCCUUACUAGUGGCAGGACCAGAGCUAGUCCUCAGACUUCUGGAAGGUGCACUCCAGCCUCCAGCUCAGGAACAUCUUCAUUGCCUCCUGGGCAGCUUCAGACUGUUCGAGAACAGAUGGCUGCUGCCCUUAGGCAGCUGAGAGAGAUGGAAGAGAGAGUGAAAGGAGUACCAGCCCUAGAAAGAGAAGUGGCAUUGCUCCGUGCCGAAAAGGAAAGGUUGACUCUGGAACUUCAAAAGAAAACUGAGAAACUUGAUGCUACUCUCAAACUGAAAGUCUCCACUGCAUCAGUAGUGGAAGCAGGAGUAGUAGAGGAAGUAAAUAACCCUACUAUCAUUACUAUAGACAAAAGAUCCAUUGCAGUAGGUGGUGAAAUACCUCUUGAGACAGUAAGAGUCUGCAAACAUCAGGUAGUCAAGGAUGCUGCUGUUGAAGCUUCUGUUGAGGUUUGCCAUGCAGCUGUUGAGACUGAAGACAAUGCCAUGCUUGAUGAGGGAAUACAGGCUGUAGUGGAUACAGAAGAUGUUGCUGUCUGGGUAAUAGAAUCAUUUCUAGGGCUUCAAAGUGAGACAGAACGAGAAAUUGAUACACUGCAGCAUACCAUCAAAUUUCAACAAGAAUCAAUUCAGGUUCUAGAGACCCGAUUAACUCAGGUCAAUCAAGACCUGGAUGCAUUAAGGUUGCAAGAAACAGAGAGGACAUCCAAGAUUAUGUUGGACAAAGCAUCACUAGCCAAACCAGAGACAGUCAAUGCCCAAAUGGAAACUUAUCCUGAGGUUUGUUCAAAAACAUCAGUUGGAGUGGGGGUUCCAGAUGAGACUGACAUGGAUUACUUUUCAAAGACAAAAAAUGACCAAAGCGUACAAACAGACCCUGUGGAAACUUCAAAGGAGAAAGCUGUGACACUGAUAAGCACAGGUAUUCAGUGGGAAUCCAGUCUCUACGUUAGUGAUACACAAGACAGUGAAGAACAGACCUCUUCUCCAGAGGCUGUAGGACCUCUGAAGUCUAUCAUGAAGAGGAAGGAUGGGAGUGGUUCUGGUGCAGCUUCCAGUGGUGGCAAAAAGAGUUUGAAGUUUGUUGGAAUUUUAAAUGGAGGGUAUGAAUCGACCUCUAGUGAGGAGGAUGAGGAAGAGGAUAAGGAGAGUUCCUCAGAUGGAAGUGAGGCUGGUUUGUGUUCAGACAGCAGUGUGGAAGAGGAGGCAAUUCUGGAGGACACGUCUGAUGAGGAGAUUAACAUAAAUGUGGAUGAAAUAGACAGUGAUGAGAACACAGCAGCUGGAACUGAAGAUCUGAUGGAUCAGGCAGAGGCAGUGAAGGAAAAGUUUGAACUAAGUACCAAAAUGCGUGAGGCUUGUUUGAUUUUGAAGAACCACCUUAAUGAUGGAUCCAAAACAGUGAAGAGUAAAGAAGUGCUGUCCAGCACUCAUACCAUUCAGCUGGAAUGGUUCAGAAUAUCCAGUGCAAAGAUGGCCCAACUGUCACGUGUAUCAAAUUACCUGAUGGCUUUCUCAGAGGUGUCCCCCGUCCUACUGCAACACAUAGUCAACAUGACGGACGGCAAUGGCAACACUGCUCUGCACUACAGCGUCUCCCACUCCAACUUCACAGUAGUGGACCUACUGCUGGACACAGGCAUGUGUAAUGUGGAUCAGCAGAAUAAAGCAGGUUAUACUGCUGUGAUGCUGGCAGCACUUUCAGCAGUGAAGGAGGAAGACGACAUGGCUGUGGUCCAGAAACUCUUCCGUCUGGGCAACGUUAAUGCCAAGGCCAGCCAAGCAGGACAGACGGCUUUGAUGCUGGCAGUGAGUCACGGCAGGCAGGAGAUGGUGCGAGCGCUGCUGGACUGUUGUGCUAAUGUGAACAUUCAAGAUGAUGAGGGCUCCACUGCUCUGAUGUGUGCCAGUGAACACGGCCGAGCUGAGAUCGUCUCUUUGCUUCUGGAUCAGCAUGGUUGUGAUAUUACAGUCGUAGACAACGAUGGCAGUAAUGCUCUCUCCAUUGCCCUGGAGGCGUCCCACAAUGACAUCGCUGUCUUACUGUAUGCCCAUAUGAACUACUCGAAAACACAAGGAGAUAUAUGGUCCUCUAAUCCGAUUGGACAAGAAUUCCAAUAGUGCUGAUAUUGGCUGCAUCUGAAAGCUGAAGGUAACACCUAAAGCAAACCCCCGGGGCCCAUCCAGUCCUAGAUAAACAUGGCCCUCAGAGUGAGACAUGGAUACAAAAGGAUAUAAAACUAAGACUAACUAGCUUUACUGGAAGAUUAACAAUGUAUAUGUUACAAGUUUAUAUGUAUUUAUAUUGUAUUCACUGAGUAUUAAGUCUUUAUUCAAAUAUUUAAUGCAAUAUACUGCAGAUAGAAUAAUAUGUCUCCACAUUAAUGUAAGACAGAUCAUAUUUCUCAUUCAUGUCCUACAGGUAGGUUUAAAAUCUGGAAACAAGUUAUCUGGAAUAAUUACAGUUUAUGUGCAAUGCUAUCAUGAUUACAUGGUGUGACUUAACUGAAAUGUUAGGCUAUGUAUCAUGAUGCAUCAUCUUAUUUCAGAUUUUGUUGUGGAAUGCUGCCCUAACCUUCAAUAAUCAUUAAAACCGCACACACAAACACACCGCGGUUUCCCAACAAGGGCAACCUGUGAGUGGUGUAAUAACAUGCUGUUUGUAAAAGGGCAGAAACAAACACCUACAUUUAUUCUACACGGACUCCACCCUUGUUUUCCACCACAGUGCUUUAUUUUUUAUCUUCAAAUCUAAUUGAGGCAUGUGGUGAUCUGAUGGUGGUCUUUUAAUGGAGCAGUUUUAUCCUCUCAUGAUCUUUACUUUAUCCCAAACAUACAUUCAUUGGCAAAUACAGUCCCCAAAGUAUUUGAGCAGUUAAAAUGUGUUAAUGAAUAUCAUUGUAUUAAAUAUCAGAAUAUAAGAUAACACAAGCGUGCUUUUUUCACAAAGGUACUUGGACUCUUUAUGGUUGUGAAAUAGUUCACCCAAAUAUGAAAAUUCUCUCAUCACCAUCUCAGAUGUGUGACUUUCUUCUGCAGAAUACAAAGAUUUUUAGGUCCUCACAUUGCAAGUGAAUGGUGACCAAAAUAUUGAAGCUCCAAAAGAACAUAAAGGCAGCAUAAAUGUAAUCCAUAAGACUCCAGAUGUUAAAUCCAUGUCUUAAGAUAUGAUAGGUGUGGGUGAGAAACAGAUCAAUAUUGAAGUCCUUUUGUACUAUAAAUCUCCACUUCCACAUACUGCUGCUUUUGUUUUUGGCAAUUUGCAUUCUUCAUGCAUAUCGCCACCUACUGGGCUGGGAGAAUUUAUAGUACAAAAGUACCUCAAAUUGAUGUGUUUCUUACGCACACCUAUAAUAUAGCUUCUGAAGAUUUACAUUUAACCACUGGAGUCGCAUGGAUUACUUUUAUACUGUUUUUAUGAGCUUCAAAAUGUUGGUGCCCAUUCCCUUGCAUUGUAUGGACCUACAGAGCUGAGAUAUUCUUUUAAAAAUCUUCAUUUGUGUUCAGCAGAAGAAAGUCAUACACAUCUGAGAUGGCAUGAGGGUGAGAAAAUGAUGAGAGAAUUUUCAUUUUUGGGUGAACUAUCACUAUGGAUAUGCUUCUAGGACACCUGUGUGAACUUUAGGGGAACUGACUGAAUACAUCCACUAAAAAUGCACCAGUUGGUUAGAAGUCAUUGAAACAAUGGCUCAGAAGAUCAAAGUUAUUACUGAGAUAAUUUGCAACUUGCGUUGAUAUUUCAUUAUCAUUAAUGCCAUUCAAACAUUUUAUUUGUGACUUAAAUAUUCAAAUACUUGGCAACAGUAGUCUUAACAGACAGACAUAGGGAGCUAAACUUAAGGAUACUGUCUGUUUUAUAAGAUUCCCUUUCCAUUGAUGAUUGUUUACUGACCGUUAGUGUUAGGCUGGAUCAUUAACAGCAUUAAAUAAUUGAACAGUGAUCUUUGCACAAACAGUUGAAUUAUGGUUGGUCAGAAACCAGGUGUUGCGUUCAAUGCCUGCUAAAACUAAACUAGUUUUUAUUGUAGAUUGCAAAUUCAGACAGACAAGUUUUAGAAAAAAAUUCAUUACAGCCACAUUUUAUUUGCUCCGUUAAAUGUAUUUUAAUGUAUUCAAUGGUUCUAUUUUUUCCAUCCUUUUAAGUAAUAUUGUCUACUGUUUCUGCUUUGUCAGUAUUGUUUGAACUGUAUUUUACACAGUAUGUGUGCUUUGAUUUAAUGACUUAUUGUAUUAAAAUAGUAUCAUUUUAUGCAGCUUUGGCCACUUUAAGGAAUAUUCCGGGUUCAAUAAAAGUUAAGCUCAAUAGACUGCAUUUGUUGAACAAUGUUGAAAAUCACAAAAACAUUAUUUCAUGUUGUCCCUUUUCUUUAACCUCAAUUUUUCCUUUUUGUUAUUUAUUUUAGAGUGGAAGUGAAUGGGGACAGUUUUUGGAGGGUUUAAAGGCAGAAAUGUUUAGCUUAUAAUUUUAUAAAAGUUCUUACAUGAAUUCUUCUGUUUAAACUCAUGUAUUAUUUGAGCUGUAAAAUUGUUUAUAUCAUAAUUUAUACAGUUGAAAUUUACAUAAUUGUCCAUAACUUCACACAGAAAUGGUUUGUAAGUCAUUGUAUCACAUUGUUUACACACAUUGUCUUGUGGUUAUACUUUUGAAUCAGUAUUGAAUGUUUAUGGAUUGGCUCCCUUCACUUCCAUUGUAAGGGCUUCACUGUAACCCAGAUCUUUGCCUUUUUUUUUUUUAUAUACAUAUAAAAAAGGAGGGACAAGUCAUAUCUUUAUGUGGUAAUCAAUAUUACGCCACAAAUGCUGUCGAUCGAGCUUAACUUGAAUUGAACACGGAACAUUAAGUUAACUUUUGCAAAAUGUACAAUAAAAAGUUUAAUUGUAUUAUGUCAUGCAAAGGUCAAUAGGUCGAACUGAAAAAUAAUAAGGAAUAAUGGAUAUGGGUUGCACUAGCAAAUACAUACUAUAUAUAUGGGACAUUUUCUAAAUACUGAACUGUCUCAAAGUAAAAAGAGAAUAUUUGGUCAUGACAUUAUCUGACCCUAGAUUGUGUGUUGUGGUAGCUACUUUCCAAACCACAUAUUACUCAAGAUAGUUAGUCAAACAACAAAAAAAAAAAGUUAUGGAUAAGUUAAAAUUACACUACAAUUUACUAACAAAAAGUUGCCAACUGCGUUUAAGCUAUUUAAAGAAGAAAUGUCAAAAAAGUAAUUACAAUAAUUUAAAUUCAAAAUGCCAAGUCAAGGAUUUCAGCAACAACAACAAAAAAAAAAAAAAAGUUGAAAUUAAAUUUUCCACAUUUUCUCUGACCCUUUAAAGUUUUUUAGACUUCUACAUGUAAAUGACAUCUGUUUUGAUUGGUAAACCUCGAGUACAUGCACAUUCACCACAUUGUGAGUGGUGGUGGCGUAGUGGGCUAAUGCACACAACUGUUAAUCAGAAGGUUGUAGGUUCGACUCCCACAGCCACCACCAUUGUGUCCUUGAGCAAGGCACUUAACUCCAGGUUGCUCCAGGGGAUUGUCCCUGUAAUAAGGCCACUGCAAGUUGCUUUGGAUAAAAGCGUCUGCCAAAUGCAGAAAAGAGUAAUAAUGUGGUAUUACAAACUUAAUGAUUUCUAAAUUAGACAUUUUUUCAUAUUUAGUACAUUAAGUACAUUAAAGGAAUAUUUCAAGUUAAGCUCAAUCGACAGCAUUUGUGGCGUAAUGUAGCUUACUGCUAAAUUAAUUUCGACUCAUCUCUCCUUUUCUUUAAAAAAAAAAGCAGAUUGAGGUUACAUUGAGGCACUUGCAAUGGGGCCAAUCCGUAAACAUUAAAAUACGGAGUUUAAAAAGUAUAGCCACAAGAUGUAAACAAUCUGCGUUAACAUGAUUUUAGUGUGAUAAAAUAGCUUAAGUGACUGAAAACAGCGAUUUAAACAACUUUACAGGUCAAAUAAUGCACAAGUUGUGAAAGACGAAUUAAUGUUAGCAUUUUUAUAAAAUGAUAAGCUUCACAUUUCUGCCUUUUUAAACACUCCAAAAAUUAGCCCCAUUAACUUCCAUUGUAAGUGCCACACUGUAACCUUGAUUUUUUUUCUCACAGAAGGGUAAGUCAAAAUUAUUUUUGUGGUAUUCAAUAUUUUUCAGACUGAGCUUAACUUGUAUUGAACCCGGAAUAUUACAUUAAAUGUGCAUUUUGUAUCAUUUA